AAGAAGAACAAAAACCCUAAACCCCUCUUUCACUCCCUCCUUUUCUCCCUCUCUCUCUCUUUUUAGAAAAACCAGCAAAAAUGGUUUCAAUAGCAGCAAAGAAGAAGCAAAAUGUCGCAAACCCACAAAAAUUCAACUCAAAGAAGAAGCAAAAUGAGCAAAAUUUCACUCCCAAAGCUAAAAAACUUCCCGCCCCAGUACUCAAUUCCAUAAGUUCCAAUGAAAAACAAAAAGUUUCAAUUGGAAAGAACAAUAAAAAGAAGAAAAUAGAGGAUAUGCCGUUGGAUGAUGAUUCAGAGGAGUUUAAUGAAGUUGAAUCAGAUGAAGAUACUGGUAGUAGCGAAGAAGAUGAUGAACAAAACGUUGAUUCUUUCACCGGAGGUUCGUCGAGUGAUGAAGAUGAUGAUGAUGAUAACCCACUUAAGGAUGAUUUCCUUGCAGGAAGUGAUGAUGAUGAACAAGGAGUUGAAGAGGGCAUUGAGUCUGGUUCCGAGUCAGCUUCUGGUUCAGAAAUGGAUUCAGAAUCGGACGAUUCUGAUGGUUCAGACAUAGAGAGGAAAUCGAAGGCCAUUGACGAUAAACGAGCUAGGCAAGAAAAGGAAGCAGAGGAGGAGUUAAAGCUCAACAUACAGGAAGAGUCGGAUGAGUUUAGGCUGCCAACCAAGGAGGAGCUUGAACAGGAGGCUCUUGGACCUCCUGAUCUUUCUCGCCUCCAGAGACGGAUAAAAGAAAUUAUAAGGGUCCUUUCGUGGAAAGUUAAAGGGGAAACAUGGAUGACUUGUCCGUUGAGACAAGAAGGGGCAACGAGGAAAGAUUACACUGAUCAGCUUCAGAUGGACUUGUGCUCAUACUAUGGCUACAAUGAGUUCUUGAUGGGAAUGUUGAUGGAGAUGUUCCCAGCUGUUGAGUUAUUUGAUCUUAUUGAAGCUUUUGAAAAGCCCCGUCCAAUGUGUAUAAGAACGAACACUUUGAAGACACGCAGACGGGACCUUGCCGAUGUUCUUUUAAACAGAGGAGUGAACUUAGAUCCUUUGGGCAAGUGGUCAAAGGUUGGAUUAAAAGUGUAUGACUCACAAGUGCCAAUUGGUGCCACUCCCGAAUAUAUGGCCGGUCACUACAUGCUGCAAGGUGCAAGUUCUUUCUUGCCAGUGAUGGCUCUGGCUCCUCAAGAAAAAGAGAACAUUGUUGAUAUGGCGGCUGCACCUGGUGGGAAAACAACUUACAUCAGUUCUAUUAUGAAGAACACUGGGUUAGUUUUUGCAAAUGAAAUGAAAGCGCAGAGGCUCCAUUCUCUGUCAGCAAAUAUUAGCCGCAUGGGGGUGACGAACACAAUAGUUAUCAACUAUGAUGGAAGAGAGCUUCCGAAGGUAUUGGGUGCCAAUUCACGUGACAGAGUGCUAUUGGAUGCUCCUUGUAGUGGAACAGGGGUGAUAUCCAAGGAUGAAUCUGUAAAAUCAUCCAAAACCUUUGAAGAGAUACAGAAGUGUGCACACUUGCAGCAGCAACUUCUCUUGGCUGCUAUUGAUUUGGUGGAUGCAAAUUCAAAAUCCGGUGGAUAUAUUGUGUAUUCGACCUGCUCUAUCAUGGUUAUGGAGAAUGAAGCUGUUAUCGACUAUGCUUUGAAGAAACGGAAUGUAAAACUUGUCCCAUGUGGACUGGACUUUGGAACUAAAGGAUUUGUGAACUUUAGGCAAUUCCGGUUUCAUCCAUCAUUGGAAAAAACGAGGAGGUUUUACCCCCAUGACUUAAAUAUGGAUGGUUUUUUUGUGGCCAAGUUGAAAAAAGUAAGCAACACAAAUCCAGUUCCAAAAUCUGAUGUGCCAUCAGAAACAGUAGAUCAAGAUGUCAAUCUCAACGACAGAGAGGACGCUGGUGAAGAGAAAACUAAGAAGCGAGGAAGGGAGGAUGAUGAGUCACAAAAGAAAGGGGGCUUGAAAGAUGUUCGCUUGGAUAAUGGUAAGAAAAAACGUUCAACUAUCGCCACAGAGAAGAAGAAGAACACUGUAAAGGCAACUCCGAAGGAAGAUGGAAAAGAAGAAUUACUUCCAAAGAAGAAGAGGGUCAAAAGGGUCUUUCCAUCUCGUGAAGAAGUUUCAAAAGCGAGGGAAGAGAAGAGAGAAUCGUUGAGGAAAGGGAAGACUGAGGGCAGGAAGAAAGGUGGUAAAUGACCUAUUGGUGCAUUAUGAAGCUCCACUGAUAUCCGUUUCGAUCUUCGAGCAGACCUCCCAAAGCAUCUAUGUCAAGAAUGAUGUUUACUAACCUUAAUAGAACAAAUUCUAUUAAAUUCCAAAGUUUUGUAUCCAGUUAUUUUUGUUUUUUAUUUUUCUAUAUUUUUUGUAGUUUUUCGCGUAGAAUCGGAUCACAAUGUUAUAAAAGUUUUGAUAAGUUUAUGCACAUGUAGAGUCAUGUAGAAUCAAGAAUGCUUGUGGAGAGACUACUACAUGAUGAAGUAUUGUUUUGUUCCGCAGAAA